UUUUUUCCCACUCUUUUUAUGAAGGAAAGAUGCGCCCUUUCAACUAUACAGAGAAUAAUCAUUAAGCCAUCCACUGUUGCUCUCAUCCAUUCCCUUGCUUUCUCACUGCUGAUAAACCUCAGCUGUUUAUAAUCUGCAGUAACAUUUGCACCUCUGCUCACUGGUCUGAAGUCACUGCUCUGUUGAUUAGCUGAAACCAAGAGUUCCUUGAUUGCUUGAUUCCAGACAAGAAGAAGAGUUAAGUUUCAUUGGACAUGGAAAUUGUGAUUUCUAUUGUAGCAAAAGUUGCUGAGCUGUUAGUUGUUCCCAUUAAGAGACAGAUUGGUUAUGUAGUUGAUUGUAAUACCAAUAUUCAGAACUUACAUAAUGAAGUUGAGAAGCUGACAGAUGCAAAAACAAGGGUGAUUCAUUCUAUAGAGGAGGCUAGAAGGAACGGGGAAGAGAUUGAAGUUGAAGUUUUGAACUGGCUGGGAGAUGUUGAUGGGGUCAUUCAAGGGGGAGGUGUUGUUGUUGCAGAUGAAUCAAGUAAGAGGUGCUUCAUGGGUUUGUUUCCUGAUCUAAAGAUACGUUAUCGGUUGGGUAAAGCAGCGAAGAAGGAGUUGACGGUUGUUGUUGAUCUCCAGGAAAAAGGGAGAUUUGAUAGAGUUUCUUACCGUGCUGCUCCAUCGGGUAUAGGGCCUGUCAAGGAUUAUGAGGCCUUUGAAUCAAGAAAUUCUGUAUUAAAUGCUAUUGUGGAUGCAUUGAAGGAUGGUGGCGUGUACAUGGUUGGGGUAUAUGGGAUGCCUGGUGUGGGGAAGACCACACUUGUGAAGAAGGUAGCUGAACAAGUCAAGGAGCGUAGGCUGUUCGAUAAAGAGGUUCUGGCAGUUGUGUCACAUACUCCAGACAUCAGAAGAAUUCAAGGUGAAAUAGCAGAUGGGCUGGGACUCAAAUUGGAUGCAGAGACUGAUAAAGGAAGGGCAAGUCAACUAUACGAGAGAUUGAAGAGAGUGACUAGAGUACUUGUAAUUCUUGAUGAUAUUUGGAAAGAACUUAAAUUGGAGGAUGUUGGAAUUCCUUCAGGGAGCGUUCAUGAAGGAUGCAAGAUACUCGUGUCUUCAAGAAAUGAAUAUGUAUUGUCACGCGAGAUGGGUGCGAACAAAAAUUUCCCGAUUCAAGUUUUGCCUGCAAGUGAAGCGUGGAAUUUGUUCGAAAAGAUGGUGGGUGGUGUUGUUAAAAAUCCUAGUGUACGACUUGUUGCUGCUGAGGUAGCCAGAAGAUGUGCAGGUUUGCCGAUUUUACUUGCUACAGUUGCUAGGGCACUGAAAAACAAAGAUUUAUAUGCUUGGAAGAACGCCUUGAAACAGCUAACAAGGUUUCAUAAAGAUGAUAUCGAUGAUAAGGUUUACUUGGGUCUAGAACUGAGUUACAAAACUUUGAGAGGUGAUGAAAUCAAGUCAUUGUUCUUGCUUUGUGGGCAAUUACGAUCUAAUAAUAUUUUAAUCUCAGACUUGUUAAGGUAUGCUAUAGGCUUGGAUUUGUUUAGGGGAUGUUCCACAUUGGAAGAAACAAGAAACAGUCUGCAUACAUUGGUGGAUGAGCUUAAAGCCUCUUGUUUGUUGCUAGAAGGUGACAAGGAUGGAAGCGUGAAAAUGCAUGAUGUUGUUCAUAGUUUUGCCAUCUCUGUUGCAUCAAGGGACCACCAUGUGCUUGUUGUGGCAGAUGAACUCAAAGAAUGGCCAGCCAAUGAUGUGCUUCAACAGUACACUGCAAUCUCUUUGCCUUUCCGGAAAAUUCCUGAUCUUCCUCCAAUAUUAGAAUGUCCAAAUCUCAAUUCGUUUCUACUGCUGAAUAAGGAUCCCUCACUGCAAAUACCAGACAGCUUUUUCAGAGAAAUGAAGGAGCUCAAAACCUUGGAUCUGACAGGAGUUAAUCUUUCACCACUGCCUUCGUCACUUCAAUUUCUUGAGAACCUUCAAACGCUGUGUUUGGAUAGUUGUGCUGCUUUGGAAGAUGUAUCUAUAGUUGGAGAGCUAAAGAAGUUGAAAGUUCUCAGCUUAAUCCGUUCUAAUAUUGUUUGUUUGCCGAGAGAAAUAGGAAAAUUGACUCGUCUGGUACUUCUUGAUUUGAGCAAUUGUGAAAGGCUUGAAGUAAUAUCACCAAAUGUCCUUUCUUCCUUGACCCGGCUAGAAGAAUUAUUUAUGGGAAACAGCUUCCUGAAAUGGGAGGCUGAAGGACCAAGCAGUCAAAGAAACAAUGCUUGCCUGUCAGAAUUGAAGCUUCUGUCAAACUUAAGUACCUUAGACAUGCAAAUUACAGAUGCAGAUAAUAUGCCCAAGGACUUGUUUUCGAGCUUUCAAAACUUGGAAAGGUUCAGAAUAUUUAUUGGAGAUGGGUGGGACUGGUCUGUUAAGGAUGCAACCUCAAGAACUUUGAAACUCAAGCUCAAUACUGUUAUUCAGCUGGAGGAGGGGGUGAACACGCUGCUGAAGAGAACUGAAGAACUUCAUUUGCAAGAACUGAAGGGGGUUAAGAGUAUCCUAUAUGACUUGGACGGGGAAGGUUUCCCUCAGCUGAAGCAUCUUUACGUCCAAAAUUGUCCUGGAAUUCAAUAUAUCAUCAACUCGAUCAGGAUGGGUCCUCGUACUGCUUUUCUGAACUUGGACUCACUGUUUCUUGAAAAUUUGGAUAACUUGGAGAAGAUCUGCCAUGGCCAACUUAUGGCAGAGUCGCUUGGAAACUUGAGAAUUUUGAAGGUAGAAAGUUGUCAUAGGUUGAAGAAUUUAUUUUCAGUCUCCAUGGCAAGAAGACUUGUGCGCCUUGAAGAAAUCACAAUAAUUGAUUGCAAGAUCAUGGAAGAGGUUGUUGAGGAAAGUGAGAAUGAUGCUGCUGACGGUGAACCAAUAAAGUUCACUCAAUUACGUAGACUGACACUGCGAUGUCUGCCUCAGUUCACAAGCUUUCACUCUAAUACAAGGCAGGAGCUAUUAGCAAGUGAUGGGAGGUCAAAAGAAAUUGUUGCGGGGAAUGAGCUUGGGACUUCCAUGUCACUUUUCAAUACAAAGAUUUUAUUUCCCAAUUUGGAGGACCUGAAGCUCUCCUCCAUCAAAGUGGAAAAGAUAUGGCACGACCAACCUGCUGUGCAGCCUCCCUGUGUUAAAAACUUAGCAAGCAUUGUUGUGGAGAAUUGUAGUAAUUUAAACUAUUUAUUGACAUCUUCUAUGGUCGGAAGUCUUGCUCAACUCGUAAGGCUUGAAAUAUGUAAUUGCAAGUCCAUGGAAGAAAUAGUUGUUCCAGAAGGAAGCGGAGAAGGCAAAAUACUAUUCCCUGAACUACUCAUCCUAGAGCUCACUGAUCUGCCAAAACUCAGAAGAUUCUGCACCAGUAACUUGCUUGAAUGCCACUCCCUGAAAGUGCUGACGUUAGGGAAAUGUCCUGAACUGAAGGAAUUUAUUUCCAUCCCAUUAAGUGCAGAUGUCCCUGCCAUGAGCAAACCUGACAACACAAAAUCAGCUCUCUUCGAUGACAAGGUUGCUUUCCCUGACUUGGAGGUAUUUCUAAUUUUCGAAAUGGAUAAUUUGAAGGUGAUAUGGCACAAUGAACUCCAUUCUGAUUCCUUUUGCAAACUGAAGAUACUGCAUGUUGGGCUAAAGUGCUCUCACGAACCAUGUAGGGAGGACCACUUGGACAUCCAGGGUCAGCAACCACUUCUCUCAUUUAGGAAGAUCUUCCCCAACUUGGAGGAUUUAUAUUUGGAAAGCAAGGAUGCAUCGGCAUUAUUGAGAAGCCUGUGUCCUCAAGACUUCUAUGACAAACUCAAAGUUCUCAAUCUGUUUUGCUUUCAUGAUGCACAUGCAACUUUUCCAAUUGAUCUCCUUCCAAGGUUCCCUAAAUUGGAAAAACUUAUUGUGGGAUGUAGUGACUUCAAAGAGUUUCUCCCGUCUAGACUUGAUGGUAUGGAGAAGCAUGCAAUAGUUCUUUCAUCGAUACGACACUUCGAGUUGGACUCUCUUCCUUGCCUAGAGCAUUUAUGGAAGAGCAAUUCCCAACUGGACCAAGCUCUGCAGACUCUUGAAACUCUUGUAAUUAGUAAAAUUAGUGACAUCCACAGCAGCAAAAAGUCUGGCGCAACUCACAAGAAUGAAAGUAGUGGGCUGCAGUAUGGUUACCGAAAUAGUAGCAAAUGA